AUGCGAACCGAGCUCAAGAAGGAUAAGUAUCAACGCCACAUCGUGGAGUAUUGGGUCGACGUGAAAACCAGCGGAAGCCUAUCCAAGACGAGCCGUGAAGAGUUCAACCAAACUGUGGAAAUCGUGGACGACAACCUCCAGCUGCCUCCGCCUCAGUUGGGAAACGAGGCCCUUCCCUGCUACGACGAAGAGGACGACGAGGACGAUGAUGAUGAUGAUGAGGAGGAGGAUGGUACCGAGCCACGGGACAAGACUUCGAGCGUGACACCCAAGCUGAAACGAAAGCGUCGAGGAAAGACCCCCAGUCCCAAAUCCAAGCUCGCUGCGAAGAAGAAGCGAGAGAAAGCGGAAGAAGUGGAGAGUGCUCUGGAGGACAUCGACAAGAUACCGGAUGUAUUGAAAGAGAUCUUGAAGCUGCGGAUCAAGAUUGACAACACCCUCGACCAGCUGCACAAGAAAAAUCAUGGCAAGGAUAGUGGCACCACGAAGACGAUUGGGAAGCUGAAAGAACACCUCGCUCAGGUCGAGAAGCUGUGGACAAGCCGCAUCACUAUGGAAGAGAAGAAGCUCAAGAGGACAGUUCUCCGAUCCAAGCCGGCUGUGAAAAGCAAGGCUAAGGGUAAGCGCAAGGCCACAAAGGCCGGUGGCGAUUCUGCUGAGGGAAGCGAUGAGGAUGAGGAUGAGGAUGAUGAGAAAUCCGCAACGAAGCAUGAAAAUGCUAGUGGGAGAGCUUUCGUGAAGGAAGGCUUAUCUUGUCCGGAACUUAGAGAUUUAUUCUACAAUGGCGUGACGCUGAAGCUGAACGGCGGAGAAGACAAGACGUUCUUUUUGGUGUUUACAAAGUCAGUGAAAAGAGUGGUUUCUGCCACUUGUGUCGUGCUGGGGAAGAAGGCUACAAUCCGAACGAUUACAGUGAACGUGGUGCCGCAGUCGUCUGCGAAAGAGUUCAUGCACAAGUUUGACCUCUUCCACACGUUGCAUAAAGGCCCUGGGGACAUUCCAGUGCAGCUGACUGCGAUCUAUGAGAUGGCUUCGGAGUACUGCAAAUCGCAAAAUAUACCGUUGCACAUGGAUGCCUUGACACGGAAUUGGUUUAAAGGGGCGGACACGACGGCGAUGUGUUGCUUCCUGGAAAACUUUUGGUCGAAUCAUAUCUCGAGUCUUGAUGCACCGGACGCCUACUUGAGCAGCAUGCUUGAUGCUCUGCGCUCCGCGAAUGCCUUCAUGCGCCUACUUUUCCGUUCUGGCCUCUGGCUUUCUUUGGACCGUUGCCGUGCAGUUGCUAAAGCCGGCCUGGGCUUUUUGAAAGCAUACCUUGAAGCGUCACACGCUGCAUACACCAUGCGGCGAACACGUUUUAAGGUAACCCCAAAAUUUCACGCGAUGAUCCAUAUAGUCGACACACUCGUUUGCGCGAGCAAUGCCAAGAGACAAUGGACGCUGUCGCCGCUUUCCGAGAGCACCCAAAUUGAUGAAGACUUCGUGGGGAGAAUCGCGUCGAUCACUACAUCCGUGGAUUCUCGUGUUGUCCAUAAGCAGACGCUGGAUCGCUACAAGACAAAUGUCUGGAAGCAUCUGACAGGAAGAAGUGAAAAAGAGUGA